CCACGGCGGUAGCCGCGGAGCUGGUCGGUGGCGGAGCGCCUUGGGCUUGUAGGCAGUGUCACGGCCACAGGCUCCGGCUCGACUCCAGGUCGCCUCCUACGCCGCGCUGUGCCAGGCCGCCAUCCAGGAUGCAGUGGGUCGUAGGUCGGCGGUGGGCGUGGGCCGCGCUGCUUUUGGCUGCCGCGGCUGUUUUGGCGCAAGUCGUCUGGCUCUGGCUGGGUACGCAGAGCUUCGUCUUCCAGCACGAAGAGAUCGCGCAGCUGGCACGGCAGUAUGCGGGGCUGGACCACGAGCUGGCCUUCUCUCGGCUGAUCGUGGAGCUGCGGCGACUGCACCCAGGCCACGUGCUGCCCGACGAGGAGCUGCAAUGGGUGUUCGUGAACGCGGGUGGCUGGAUGGGCGCCAUGUGCCUUUUGCACGCCUCGCUGUCCGAGUACGUGCUGCUCUUUGGCACCGCCCUGGGCUCCAGCGGCCACUCUGGGCGCUACUGGGCUGAGAUCUCGGACACCAUCAUCUCUGGCACCUUCCACCAGUGGAGAGAGGGCACCACCAAAAGUGAGGUCUUCUAUCCAGGGGAGACAGUGAUGCACGGGCCUGGAGAGGCAACAGCUGUGGAGUGGGGGCCGAACACGUGGAUGGUGGAGUACGGCCGGGGUGUCAUCCCAUCUACCCUGGCCUUCGCACUGGCUGACACAGUCUUCAGCACCCAGGACUUCCUCACUCUCUUCUAUACUCUUCGUGCCUAUGCCCGGGGCCUCCGGCUUGAGCUUUCCACCUACCUCUUUGGCCAGGACCACUGACCAGCAGGGCCAGAAGGAGGACCUGUGGAUGGACAGGAGCGGGCAGGCCUGCACAUGUCCACUUGCUGGAGCCCAUGUGUUUGGGAACAUACUCAUACCAUGCAGAUACUGAGUUCCUGGUGUACAAGCAGGGACAUAAUAUGCUUAUACAUCCAAACACAGAGACCGGUGGGAACAUAUGAAACACAUAUGCAGAUACUGAGAUCUGUAGGUAUGACAGCAAUCAUGUGCUCACACCCAUUGAGAGAGGGAGCCCCACGUGUACCAAGGAGGGCAGUCAUGUUCAAACACAUAUAGCAUAAGCUUGACUCUCUAACUCGGGCCUUUCUAAACCUUCCCCACCCUCAAUCAGGGCUCUUGAGUUAGGGAUGGGGUGAGUAUUACACUCUGCCUGGGUCUGACCCCUCAACCUAGCAGUAAUUUGGAGGGGCUAGGAAGAAGAGAAGCUGCCCUUUGGAGGCCUCCUUUCCCUGUAGCUGUGAUGCCCUUCCCCUUCAUCUCCCUUGCCCUCACCAUAUGCCUUACACUCAUUCUGCUUCCUUGCUAUGCAAGUGCCCCAUGGACUGUCCCCAACUCCAUCAGCAACCAAAUAAGCUGGGGAAUCAGGAACUUGAGAAUGCUGAGGUUAGGACCCUACUACCCUGAAGGACCCCCAUCCCCCGCUUGGGGGUAUGAUGGGAGGCUGACCCCAGCCCAGGGCCCACUACUGAGGAGAGGGCCUGAAGAGGUGACACUGAGUCCAAGAGGCCAUCCCUGGCUUAGAGAAGGCCCGCUCUGCACACUCACAUCGCCCUUCCCCACACACCUCACAGCUUCCAGACACUGCCCCUGCUGCAUUCUCUGUCCUCUAUGUUAAUAAAGACCUGUCAAACAGUUACAUUUCUUUGUGUUGUCCGAGCAGCAGGAAGAGCUGCUAACUCCUGGAAGACCUAAGGAAGGCCUCUGUAUUGCUGUGUGCCUUAGUUUCCCUAUCUAUAAGACCACAGCUUUGGACUAUAGUAUGGAUUCAAACUUAAGUGUGCAUAGAAUGACUAGGAAGCUCAUUGACUACAGAUUCCUAGGCCCAAUCCUCAGAAAUCAAUUUUGUGUUGAAGCUUUGAGAUCAGCUUGUUUAAUAAGAUCCUCUCCACCACAGUUGUAAAUGUCACAAUUUGAGAAGUUCAGGGUUGGAUAAGGUGGUAUGUGUCUUUGCUUGGCUUGGACUCUCCCACUGUUCUGGGAAGUCUUAAGAGUCUGCGCCCUGCCCUGGAUGGCCACAGAGUGGCAGUGUGCACCCACUUUUGAGCUGCAGGAGGCAUAGUCCCACUUCUCAAUCUCUGCUCUUUUGGGGCUCCCAGGGGACUGUAUCCACCCUCCUCCAGAGCAGAAGUUCCCCCCUCUAUGGUCUAUCUUCAGGCCCCCCACUUCUCCAGGGGCUCCACACAAGUGGGGAGAGUACACACAACCUGGCAGUAAGGUAGAGCCAAACAAGAGUGAAGCAAGAGAGUCUGCUUAGGGUGCAAAAUUUAAAAAGGCACUCACUCUAGGACAUCACUCAAUUCACUUGUUUCCUCAGAUUUUGUGCCCUAGGCACUGCCUCACUUCACCUCUAGUCUUGACCCUCCUCUGAGGCUGAGUAAGGCUCCAGCCGCUCCCACUUCUUAAGGUUCCUGGUAUAUAAAAAAUGGAAGAAACAUGGUUAUAAAAAUUGUAUAUUAUUAAAAUUUGACAUUCUAAUUCACAAAAAUACAAAUGGCUACAUGCAUAACCUCAUUUGGAAAAGUCAGAAGUCUAAAAUUUGUGGCUCUGAGUGAGUGGCUAUCCCAACCCCACCACCACCACCCAGCCAUAGCAGGCCAUGGCUGGGGCUGCUCCAUUGAGCAUGAGUAGUAAAGUCAUGUCUCUUUGAGGAUUUCUCCCACCGUAUAACCCAGCUCUGCCUCUAGGCUCAGAGACACAUCUGUCAGAGGCUCCUCAGUUUCCCCUGUCAUCCCUCCCUUCCUUCCACAUAAGACUAGGCUCCCAGGCCCCUUGGCCCCUUCCCAUUUCUAUUGCUAAAUCCAGGGAUCACUUCUUAGUUCUCAAUUUUCAUUUCCCACAGUUAAUUACUCUUAAGCACACUGUCCUUUGGGCUUCCAGGACACCACUCACUCAGCUAUCUUUCUUCAUUGCAUCUUUUGCUGAAUCCUUCUUACCUCCUCAACCCCUGACUUCCCAACGUCUUAGUCCUCAAACCUCUUCUCUGUCUACACCCCCUCUGAGUUGAUCUCAGCCACUUCCCAAUGGCUUUAAAUACCACCUAUAUAUUUUGAUGCCCAAAUUUUUGUCUCCAGCCUAAAUCUCUUCCUGAGUUCCAGAUUCAGAUAUCUGACUGCUUCCAUCUCCAUUAGCAUCUCCACGUGGAUAUCUAAUAGGCAUCUCAAACCUAAAAUGGCCAAAAUGAACUGAUUUCUCUUCCAAUCCUGCCCUUCCUGCAUGCAGUCUUUACUUUCUCAGUUAAGGGCACCUCCAUUUACCCAGAUGCCCAGUUCAAAAAUCUUGGAGUUAUCUUCAGUAUCUCUCAUUCUCUCGUAUCCCACAUCCAAUCCAUCAACAAAUCCUGUCAGUUUUCUCUUCAAAACAUAUCCAGAAUCUAUCCACUUCGUGUUACCUCCGCUGCUGUCACCCUGAUCUGAGCCACUGUCAUAGUUAUCUUAGUUAUUUCUGCUAUAACAGAAAUACCACAAAUAGAUAGCUAUAGCAAGUAGAAAUUUAUUUCCUCACAGUUUAGCAAGCUUGAAGUCCGAAUUCAGGGUACCAGCUCUAAGGGAAGGCUAAGGCUUGACAUUCUAAUUCAGGAUGCCAGUUCCAGGGGAAGACUUUCUCUGCUGGCUCUACAGGCAGGUCCUUCUCUCUUUAGAGCUUCUGUUCCUGGGAGAUCUUUAUGUGGCAUAGAAUCUGUCUUCCCCCAUCUCUGCUUCUCUAGCUUGCUUGUUUAAUCUCUUUUAUAUGUCAAAAGAGAUUGAUUUAAGACACUCUACACUAAUCCUAUCUCAUUAACGCAACAAAGAAAACCCAUUCCCAAGUGGGAUUACAACCACAGAUAUAGGGGUUAGGAUUUACAACACAUAUUUUAGAGGAGGACACAAUUCAAUCCAUAACAGCCACCAUCAUCUCUUUCCUGAACUACUGCAACGGCCUCCUUACUAGUUCUUAUCCUUAUAUUCUGUGUGGAGCCAGAGUCAGCAGCCAGUCAGGCUUUCACUAUCUACUCAGAAACUUCCAACGGCUUUCCACCUUAUUCAGUCCUGUCAAUGCCUCCAAGGGUCUUCUCCAGGGCCUGUGUUACCUCUGACCAAAUAUCUGACUACUCACCCAUUGGCCAUCCUGUUCCAGCCCAGUGACCUCCUUGCUUUUGUUUCAGCACGUCAAGCAAACUUCUACCUCAGUAUGUUUGCACCUGCUAUUCUCCUGACUGUAAUGCCCUUCCCUAGAUAUUUACAUGGCUGUUUCUCCCCCUCAUCAAUCCCUGCUGAGUGAGUCCUUCCCUUAAUACUUAGUAUAAUAGUAGUCCUUCUGUAAUGGUUUUAAAAUGCUCCUUGUCGUAAGUUGCCAUCAAUUCGAUUCCAAUUCAUGGAAGUGAUUCACAGGGUUUUCUUGGCUGUGAUCUUAACAGAAGCAUAUUGCCAGGCCUUUUCUUCUUCGGCACGAGUGGGUUCAAAUGCCAAACCAUUUGUACCAUCUAGGGACCUUGGUUUUAAAACACAUCCACAAAAUUUUUGGUAUCCCUUCCUUCAAGAUGAGCCUGAUUCCCUCCCCCCUUGAGUGUGGGCAGGCUUAGUUCUAUACUUUCAACAAAUAAUAUAUGGCAGAAGUAACCAUGUGUGACUUCCUAGACUAGAUCAUAAAAAGCAUUGCCAUAUCUUUAUUCUGUCUCUUGGGACACUCAUUCUGGGAGAAGCCAGCUGACAUGUUGGAAGGACACUCAAGUAGCCCUAUGGAGAGGCCCACCUAGGGAGGAACUGAGGCCUCCUGGUAACUGCUAUGUAAGUGAGCCAUCUUGGGUUUGGAUUCUCCAGGCCCAGUCCAGGCUGGUCAACAGUUUUACUACAACCUUGUGAGAGACGCUGAGCCAGAACACCAAGCUAAGCCACUCAAACCCAUGACCCGCAGAGCCGUAAGAAAAGAAGUGUUGCUCUAAGCUGCUAAGUUUUAGGGUAAUUUGUUACACAGCAAUAGAUAACUAAUACAUCCUUCCCUUCCUAUUCUCCCCCGCCCCAAUCCAGCUUUAUUUUUCUCCAUAAUACUUAUCACCAUCUGACAUACUAUGUAUUUCCCCCACUAGAAUUAAAGAUCCAUUGUAAUAGGAACUUUGUUUUACUUACUCCUGUGGUCAACAGUACCUGGCAUAAAGUAGAUGCUCAAUAAAUCUGUGUUGGAUGAAUGAAA